UCAGCACCGCUGCCGCCUUCGUCGCCGUUUAUGGUUCCUGAGGUGUGAGCCCGGGGAUGGCCGCGCUGUCCGCUUCUCCAGGUGUUACUCCACCAUGGAAAUUCAUGCUGAGACCUUCAAGGGAUCAAUACUUGUGCCUGUACCUCCUGACAGUGCUUUUUUUAAAGCUUUGCUUUUUGAACUGAGACUCAGAGGUGACCCCAUUGUCAUGGAGCAUGGAGAUGCUGUUAAUACAAUCAGUCCUGUCUAUUCAUUUUGCACCAAAGGAGGGGAUCCCUGGCCUGUUGAUGUUUAUCAGAAGAGUGGUUUGAUAACCGGAUGUCUUCCAGUAGCUGAAGAGACCUUGGAGCCAUGGCCACACCUCUUCACCCUUAGUGAGCUCUCACAGGGAGGUCUUCUGUUGGGUAUUGUGGACUGCAUCUCUUCAAGGCAGAGAAAUGAAGCUGAGAUGACUGGAAAACAAGCCAGCUUUGUAAUAUUCCGGGCGCUUGGCACCCCCUCAAACACACACAGCUUAAAAAGUUUGUUUGAUGACAUUCAGGAGAUGCCUGGAGGUGAGAAUCAACCAGCUUGGAGAUCCAACAAAGGCAAACCUCAGGUUAAUGUCUUUAUCACUGAAAAAAUCAAGUGUAUGAGGUAUGGCCAUAGAGAUGUCAGCAUUUUGAAUCCACAAAUGCUGUUUGCUUUGCUGAGGUGUGACACAGAGGGAUCUGCACCAAACAUAAACUUCAGUUUGAAUCUCCUGCCUGAUGGUCCUCUGCUCCAAGAUACUGUGGUCCAUCACUUUGUGACCUCUGCUGACCCUGCCAUGUCCAGUAGUGCUGAUCCACUGGAUGAUUCUGUGUGCAGUGAGCCUUAUAAAUUUCCUUUCAUUCCUCCUUCAGAUUCAUUCACCUUGUGUUACUACACAAUUAAAUGGCUUCAUCAUUAUGAAGGUUACUGCACUUCCCAGGUUCCUGUUACACCAAUUUUGGAAUGUUAUCAGCUCAAUGAAGAGGCAUCACACUUAAAAAUAACUGUUAAUUUAAAGCUUCAUGAAAACAUAAUGAAUUCUUUUGACAACUGUGAAGCUCAGACAUCUUUUUACAACAGGGGCCAAAUCACUCACCUAGAAUACAGAGAUAAUUUUAGCCAACUGGAUUUGUCAUGAGAGAAGGAACUGAGAAAGGUUUGGGUCCUGGGACAGAAGUUCCCUACAUCUUUGGAAGUUUCUCUAGCUGGAAUGGUGUCUUUUAGGACUGCAGGCAAAGAGGUCCCAGCUGCUGAUGUUUGCAUUGGGAACGCUGCAAAAAGAUUUGAUGACUGUCGCUUUGGAGUGUGCUUGCACAUCAAGAGCAUUUCUAUAGCUGUAUUUUAUAAUACAGAUUUCACACUUACUGGAUAUUAUAUAGACCAGGACUCUAUUCAGAUCUUUACACCAGGAAAACCCAAAAUUACUACAUCCCAAGGACUAAUUUCUUCUGAUUACUCCAUGUGGAAUCCCAAAGCCCAGGCUGUACAAAACCUUAUUGGACUAAUUUUCUUGUGAAUUAUUUUUGUAUUCAAACAAAGCAGACAGCUAAUGAGAGGAAUGUCAUGAUACAGUGAAAAUAAAUACUC